AACUGGGUGAGUUUGGGUGCCAGAAGUUGGCUAAAAAGGCCCAGUUGUCCCGGACCAAAGUCAUGUAUCUGAGAUACGCCUUGAGAGACGGAAAGAGAUGGCUGAUGGAGGCCGGGAAAAAGACGGUGACCCAGAUUCCGACCUUGACUACCUACCCCCUGCCAGAUAAUACAUUAACCAGAAAAUCAGAAGAGGAGCUCUCAUUACUUAAGUGCUCUGUGAAGGCAAACAUCAAGCUGAGCCAGCUUAUCUUGACGAGUGAAAGAUGAACUCUAAACAUCAUUGUGUGGAACUGAAUGAUGGUAACUUCAUUCCAGUACUGGGUUUUGGUACUGCUCUUUCUUCAAAGAUUCCCAAGUGUAAAGCUAAGGAGCUCACCAAAAUAGCUAUAGAUGCUGGUUUCCGUCAUUUUGAUUCUGCUUCUGUCUAUAAUACUGAAGAUCAUGUAGGAGAGGCCAUCAGAAGCAAGAUUGCUGAUGGCACUGUAAGGAGAGAAGAUAUAUUUUAUACUUCAAAGCUUUGGUGUACUAGCCAUCGCCCAGAACUGGUGAGAUCUUCCUUGGAACGGUCACUGCAAAAACUUCAGUUGGACUAUGUGGACCUGUAUCUCAUUCAUUACCCAAUGGCCCUGAAACCAGGAGAAGAAAAUGUUCCAGUAGAUGAACAUGGAAAAUUAAUAUUUGACAUAGUAGAUCUCUGUGCUACCUGGGAGGCCAUGGAGAAGUGUAAGGAUGCAGGACUAACCAAGUCCAUUGGGGUGUCUAACUUUAACUACAGACAGUUGGAGAUGAUUCUGAAUAAGCCUGGGCUCAAGCACAAGCCGGUAUGCAACCAGGUAGAAUGCCAUCUUUAUCUCAACCAAAUGAAACUUCUGGAUUUCUGCAAAUCAAAAGAUAUUGUAUUGGUUGCCUAUGGUGUUCUGGGAACACAACGAUAUGAAGGAUGGGUAGACCAGAACUCCCCUGUUCUCUUGGAUGAACCAGUUCUUGGUUCCAUGGCGAAAAAAUACAAUCAAACUCCAGCCUUGAUUGCCCUUCGCUAUCAGUUACAGCGUGGGAUUGUGGUCCUCAACACAAGUCUCAAAGAGGAGCGGAUCAAAGAGAACAUUCAGGUUUUUGAAUUCCAGCUGAGUUCAGAGGAUAUGAAAAUUCUUGAUAGCCUGAACAGAAAUAUGCGAUAUAUAUCUCCUACAAUUUUCAAGGGCCACCCUAAUUGGCCAUUUUUGGAUGAAUACUAAUAUGUGAGGAUGUCUCCUGAAAGGCCUAUGGAAGGGACACUGCUCAGCUGCUGCCAUCUACAGACUUGCCAAUUCUCUGUAGCAUCUGAGAACUUUCUGUUGCUACUCUUCAGCUAACAAAAAAAAAAAAAAAAAAAAAUCAUACUACUCUGAAAACAAAUAAAAGACACAUUUUUUUUUCAGCACUUAA